CGUCACCGGCGGCUUGUGUGAAAGUACACGCCGCCUCGGCAGGAAGUGCGGUGGAUCAGAUCGGCUUAAUACGCGCGACAUAACAUUGCAGUGUUGCUGGUGCCGUUGGUGUUUAGAUGUUUGCAAGUGCAAGAAAUAAUAUGUUGCUCGCUUUGCGCUGUUACUUAGCGCUGCUGUUAGCGUGUGCGAUGACAGUUGCCGCCGAUAAUGAGGUGCAGUUGAAUUCAACUAUCGCAAAGGAGAAGCAAAGUUCAAACGGUACCGUAAGUGGAACAGAUGACGACAAAGGAUUUUGGGAAUGGUUGGCUGGUCUGGUGGGACCGCCAGCGUCUCAAGCACCACUUGAGCCAGAGAAAUGUUCAAAAUGCACCUGCGGUCUGACGAACAAACACAAUCGCAUUGUCGGAGGAGUCGAGACUCAAGUCAAUCAGUAUCCGUGGAUGGCUCUGUUGAUGUACAAAGGGCAAUUUUAUUGCGGCGGCUCGAUCAUUAAUUCGCGAUUUGUAAUGACUGCUGCUCACUGCAUCGACAGGUUCGAUAUAUCUCGAAUGAGUGUUCGGGUGUUCGAGCACGAUUGGAGCGUGAACAACGAAACCAAAAUGCAAGAAUUCCGAGUUGAAAGAACGAUCAAACACAGCGGUUACUCGACUACGAAUUACAACAACGACAUUGGGCUUGUCAAAUUAAAAAACAGUAUUGUGUUCGAAGGACCUCUGCGACCUGUUUGCCUUCCAGACCGAACGAAAACGUUUGCCGGUGAAAAGGGCAUAGUGACCGGAUGGGGCGCAGUUAAAGAAAGUGGAAUGGUAUCGCACACCUUGCAAGAAGUUGUCGUACCUAUUCUGACGAACGCGGAAUGCCGCGCAACGAAAUAUCCGUCACGCAGAAUAACGGAUAAUAUGUUGUGCGCCGGCUAUGAGGAAGGCGGAAAAGAUUCGUGUCAAGGAGAUAGCGGUGGCCCGUUGCACGUGGAAAACAAUAACGUGCAUCAGAUAGUCGGAGUUGUCUCAUGGGGAGAAGGGUGCGCGAAGCCGGGAUAUCCCGGAGUUUACAGCAGAGUGAAUCGAUUUCUCACGUGGAUUGCGCAGAACACGCAGGAAGGUUGCUACUGUUGAUGCAAACUGUUUCAUAUAGACUGACACGUGUUUAUUUCAAUUAAUUUUACAUUUAUUUUUCUUCGACAAUGAGACAAAACAGUCAAUGCGAAUCGCACGUAAGCAAUCAAGCGUUCACAUUCUGAAUGACAUGUAUACAAUUACAUAAUUUUUGGUGUUGCAUUACAUUAAGAUAUAUUAAUUUAUUUAUACUUCAAUAACACGCAUCUAAACAUUCAUAAUUUAACAUUUCGCGAUUGCGCGCGGUUAUACAUGGUAUAACCGCGCGACUUUAUGAUGUUUCGUUCGCACACAAUAAUUGAAAAUUAAGGCACGCACGUCGUUCCCUAUAUCGGUCAAUAUUCGCAAUGUAAAAUGAAAGAAAGUCUUACAGUACUUUCUCUGUUUCUCGCGCGACCAAACGAUUUGGAAUUUUGGUGAAACUUCACGUACAUACACAUCACAUCAACAAUCAAAUUGCACAUCGAUACAAAGAACAGUCAUUGUACACUUCAAAUUGAUAUGUAAAAAGUUCUUUUGGGUGAUAAUUGUUUUUUUUUAUAGAAUAGUGAUAAU